CGAGCCAUGAAACUCAAGGAAAUACACAGGACAUCCACAUUCGCGUGGUCACCCACCGCAUCCCUUCCUCUCAUCGCGACUGGCUCCGUCGCUGGCGCACUCGACGAGUCCUUCAGCAACGAGAGUCUCCUCGAGAUAUGGGCACCCAACUUUAUGGACAAAAACGAGUACGCCCUCGGGCAGGGCGACCUCGCAGGGCCAAAGGGUAUCGUCAAGGACAGCUCUCGGUUCAAUCGCCUCUCAUGGGGUAACGUCAACGCGACACGUCCACGCGGCGUAAUUGCAGCGGGUAUGGAGAACGGCGAGCUCGCGUUCUGGGACCCAGACAGCAUCGUUCAGAACGCCGAACCGUCCUCGUCCCUCAUCCUCCGCAACACCACGCACACAGGGCCCGUCCGCGGCCUAGACUUCAACCCCAUCCAAGCGAACCUCCUGGCAUCUGGAGCUGUCAACGGAGAGGUUUAUAUCUGGGAUCUUAACGACCCAAGUAAACCGUACUCGCCAACGCCUGGAACACGCAGCACAAAACUCGACGAAAUCACAUCCGUCUCGUGGAACCAACAGGUGCAGUACGUUCUUGCGGGCGCAAGUAGCACGGGCUACACCGUCGUUUGGGAUCUUCGUGGCAAACGUGAAGUUGUCGCCCUCGCGUAUGGCGGUGGAGCGGGUACCCUCGCGGGGCAGAGCGGUGUGGGGAGUGGGAUGGCAGUUGGAGGUAGACGGGGCAUGAGCGCCAUUGCCUGGCACCCGGAUAACGCAACGAGGCUGGUCACCGCUUCCGAGGACGACAUGUCACCCGUCAUUAUGGUAUGGGAUCUGCGCAACGCCCGUGCUCCGGAGAAGAUCCUCACUGGUCAUGAAAAGGGUGUGCUCUCGCUGUCAUGGUGCAAGCAGGAUGCAGAUCUCCUUCUGUCGUGCGGCAAGGACAACCGGGCCCUUUGCUGGAAUCCGCAGACGUCUGAGGUCAUCGGCGAGCUCCCCUCGGCCGACAACUGGGCGUUCCAAGUUGAGUGGUGCCCUCGCAACCCAGAUCUCCUUGCAACCGCGUUCUUUGAUGGCACGGUGGGUAUCCACUCCCUUCAAUCCACAAACGAUGCCCUGCCUGCUGCCGCACCGGCACCGAAAUCCGAUGGAGCCGAUGUCUUCGACGUUCCAGGGUACUCGAGAACGACCCAGGGAUCUCUCACCCUCAAGCAGCCCCCCAAAUGGCUCCGCCGCCCCGCAUCUGCAUCUUUUGGCUUCGGCGGCCAACUUGUCACGGUCUCCAACCUUCCCUCGGCACAGGGCAAGAACCAGAGCAGUGUCGUGCACGUGCGAAAGGUCGUGGCCGAGGGCGACGUCGUCGAGCGCGUGCAAAAGCUGCAGCAGGCGAUCAAGGAUGACACGCUCUCGGCGUUCGCGGAGGAGGUUACGACCCAGGGUGGUGAAGGUGUCGAAGGGUGGAAGGCGCUGCUCAGCCUUUUCCGCGCGAACUCGCGCGACGAGCUCGUCACGCUGCUCGGCUAUUCCAAGGAGGAGGUUGCGUCGCAUGUGGAGGCUGCCAUCGCGAAGUUGAAGGAGCAGGCUGAAGCGACGAAGAAUUAUACGGCCGAUGACGACGGCGCGACGGCCAAGCCUCAUGACCCUGUGGUGUCGUUCGUGGAACCCGAUAACGAGACUGAGACUGAGGAGACUCCAGAUGGCAGUGAGGGUGAGGGAGACGGCGAGGGCGAGGGCGAGCGUCUAUCGAUUACUGGCGCGGAGAAGACGCCCUCGGAGGUCAGUGCCAGCGCUACGUCGGAUGCUACUGGCGGCACCAGGCUCGCUGACGGCGAGUCUACCACCACGGCGCCCAGUCUGUUCGGCGAUGAGCACGCCGUUGGCACUCCUCAGGUCGACGCGGCUGCCGACUUUUUCAGCACGAUGGGCCUCGUCCAGAACGAUGAGCAGACCCCCGUCGUUCCCCACCAUGGUUACGGGCUGGACUCUUCCGUCGCAGCAACUGUUGGCUCGGGCCCGUCUUCUGUCGCUUCGGAGAACCUGAAGAGUAACACGUUCAAGAUCUUCCCUGCCGACGAGUCGGAGACAGACCGUCUUGUCACGCGGGCGCUUGUUCUGGGCGAUUUCGAGUCUGCUGUCUCGCUCUGCCUGUCCUCCGACCGUUUCGCCGACGCUAUCCUAUUGGCGAUCAAGGGCGGCGAGGAGCUCCUCCAGCGCACCCAGAAGGCCUACUUCGAGAGCCGAACCACCUCCCCUUAUCUCCGCCUGUACCAGUCCAUAGUCACCAACGAUCUCGCCGACAUUGUCCAGAACGCGGACCUGCAAGAGUGGCAAGAGAUCUUCGUCGUUAUCUGUACAUUCGCGAGCCAGGAAGAGUUUGCGAACCUUGCCGAGCAGCUUGGCAGCCGGCUCGAGUUCCAGAGCUCCAUCACGCGCGGCUCCGAUGCUACGGACGCGGCGCAGAGGGCAUUCGAGCUGCGCAAGACGGCGACGUUGACCUACCUCGCUGCGGGUCGCCUCGAGCGCCUGCUCAAUGUGUGGAUCGAGGAGCUUGCGGAGGAGGAGAAGCGCCUUUUGAACGACCAAGCCAAGCAAGAGGCGUCCCACUACGCCGCGCACGCGCACGCGCUGCAGACGUUCAUUGAGAAGGUGACGGUGUUCCGCAGUGCUGUUGAGUACGUCGACGGGGACCUUACGAACCGCGCGGGUGAGGACGCAGGCGCGAAGACUUACAAGCUCGCUGCGCUGUACGACCGGUACUUUGAGUACUCGGACUUGCUGGCUUCGCAGGGUCUCAUCCAGGAGGCAGUCUCGUACCUCCAACUUGUGCCUGCUGACUACCGCGGCAUGACUAUUGAUUUCGCGUCUGGCAAGGAACGUCUUCUUAUAGCGUCCGGCUCGAAGAUGGCGGCGCGUGCUCCAGUGCCUGCUGCUUCCACUUCCAGGCUUCCUCCAGCCCCCGUUGCUCCUACAAAUGGUUACUCUGCGUAUUCAGGGUAUACACCUGCCACUGGUGCCGCUGCGGUCCAGCCUGUUCCUCAAGCGAACCAUUAUACUCAAGCCACCAAUCCUUACGGCCAAGUGCAGCAGCCGUACCAGUCCAACCCGGCUCCUUCACCGUACACAGAUCCGUACGCUCCGCCUCAGACUGCGAAGCCAGCCCUUCUAUCCCAAGGGCCUAGCCACGUGCAGCCACCAACGACGCUCCCGCCGCCUCCUUCAAGGCUUCCACAGGGCGGUCCCGCUCCACCACCCAAGGCCAACGGCGGUUGGAACGACGCCCCUGCUGUCGUUGACAGGCGCACGCCCAACCCGCCCAACGCGGGCAAGCUCAACGCGAUCACCUCGCCUUUCCCGAACAUGCCGUCUCCGGGCAUGACGUCGCCCCCGAAUCCGUCCUCGCCCUUCAUGGGCGGCGGCAACGCGGCUCUGCCCCCACCUCCGCGUCCGGGCAGCGUGCAGGGUCGCCCACCGCCACCACCCCAGGCCGGUCAGCGCAUGGUACACCCGCCUCCUCCGCAGGGCAUCGCGCGUCCACCAUCCGGCCCGCCUCAGCCGGGUAUGGGCGGUCCGCCACGGAUGAUGUCCCCUAUGCAGCAUCCUCCUCCGGCGACGGGUCCCUACGCUCCGCCACCCCACCAGCAGCACCAGCAGCCAGGCGGACCAAUGCCGCCCCCAGGCGGCCAGUUCGCGCGCGCAACGCCUCCACCUGGCCCACCGCGCGGACACGCUGCUCCUCCUCCGCCAGGUCCAUACGCACGUGCGACGCCGCCGCCAUCUGGGCCGUAUGAUCCCCACGGUGGGCAGCCGCAGAUGGGCGGGAUGGGCGGACCCCCGCCGCCGCCGCCUGGUGCUGGUCCGAGGCAGACGCCUGUGCAGCCGCAUAACCCGCUGGGUGGGUUGCCACCCCCGCCGCCACCGGGUGGAGCUGGGGGGCCGCCGCCUCCUCCGGGUGGGCCGGGGGGCCAAGGCGGGCCUGCACCUCCGAGGGCGGCUCCAGCAUCGAGGGGACCCCCGCCGCCGAAGCAUCCUUCUGGUGACCGUACGCACAUCCCCGAGUCUGCGCUGCCGAUCUACAACGUGCUGUCGACACAGUUGACACGGCUAAAGCAGGAGGCUCCGCCCCAGAGAAGACGCCAAGUCGAUGAUCUCGAGCGCCGCAUCAACCCGCUCUUCGACGCUCUCAACUGCGAGACCCUCUCGCAACCCGUCGUCGACCAGCUGCUGGUUCUCACCAGAGCCAUCGAGGCACGCGACCGCGACGCGGCGCUGUCAAUACACGUCGACCUCCUCACGCGCGGCUCGCGCACGGACGAUAUCGGAUUGUGGAUGUCUGGGAUCAAGCAGCUCAUUUUGCAGCUGUAGGCGCGGGUGUAGUACGCGAGUGAGCGCAAAAAGUGAUUUUCUAGAUUUCAUUCUUAACGCGAACGUCUGGCUUGUUUCUUUGCUUCCCUUAACUCUACGUCUCGUCUGUCUUGUCCGUCAUCGAAGAGUAGACUCAUUAUUUGUCAAUAUAAUUCCUGAAUGUGACCCUC